AUGCUGGGAUCUGAGAUCAGCCAUCCUCCAUCUUGCUUUUUAACUAUACAAGAUAAAUUGUAUGCUGCAGAUAAAAUACCAUUGUUAUUAAACCAUUUACUUCCAAAUAAGAGUUCCGCCUUCGAGAUUAUUGUCAUGCAGUCUGCGCUGAUUCCUUAAAUGUGCGAUUUGGGGUUAGUGUGAAGGUCUAGCAGGUGUGUGUGUUCGUCAGUCCGAUGCUUUAGUGGUGUUCAGUCUCCUGGCUUCUGCAACUCAACCGGCGUCUGAAAUGGGUCGCUCGAGGAGCCGCAGCUCUUCCCGCUCCAAGCACUCCAAAACCAGUAAGCACAGCAAAAAGCGAAGCAGAUCUCGAUCGAGAUCCCGGGACAGGGAGAGGAAGAGGCGCUCCAAGUCGCGAGAGUCCAAAAGGAACCGCAGGAGAGAGUCGCGCUCCCGGUCCAGAUCAAACACGGCCACGUCUCGGCGGGACCGAGAGAGAGCCGCAUCUCCGCCAGAGAGGAUCGACAUUUUCGGCAGGGCGCUGAGCAAGAGGAGCGCUGUGGAUGAAAAGCAGAAGAAAGAAGAGGAGGAGAAGAAAGUCGAAAUGGAAAGACAGAGGAGAAUUCGACAGCAGGAGAUCGAGGAGCGGCUGAUUGAGGAGGAGACAGCGCGGCGCGUUGAGGAACUUGUAGCCAAACGUGUGGAGGAGGAACUUGAAAAGCGAAAGGAUGAGAUUGAAAGAGAAGUGUUGCGACGGGUGGAGGAGGCCAAGCGCAUCAUGGAGAAGCAGUUGCUGGAGGAGCUCGAGAGACAGAGACACGCAGAGCUCGCAGCUCAGAAAGCUCGGGAGGAGGAAGAGAAAUCCAAACGCGAAGAACUGGAGAAGAUCCUGGUGGACAACAAUCGCAAGAUAGCCGACGCUCAAGCUAAACUGGCAGAGGACCAGCUACGAAUAGUUGAAGAGCAAAGAAAAAUACACGAGGAGCGUAUGAAGCUGGAGCAAGAGCGACAGAAACAGCAGAAGGAAGAACAGAAGAUGAUUUUGGGGAAAGGGAAGUCAAGGCCUAAACUUUCUUUUUCUUUAAAGGCUUCUGAGUGACAAAAACAACGUGGCCAGGAUUUCUCCAGACUUUCUCCAGACCACUCUCCGUGUGAGGCGAUAAGUUCUCCGUAGGUCUCAUGUGGUAUUUCAAAUUCUCAGAACAAUGGGAACAAUCAUUUUGUCAAAUACCCUUAAGUUUUUUCUCCCAGGUUUUAACUGUCUGUUUUGUAUUGCUGACUCUUGUAUAGAUAACCUCCACUUGUCCUCCAUGUAGCGUCUGCAACCACGUUUGGUGCACGACACGAGUAGAGUGAAAAAGAGCCGGCCUGGCCUGUUCUUUCAUCCAAGUGUACAAUAUGAAUUCCAGUUUCACUAAUUUAAGACCACAACUGAUUUUCCUUACCGAAAAUUUGAAGUACUUUUAUUUUUUUUAAUAGUUUAUUCAUAGUAUAAUGGAAGUAGAAUGAAUUUGGCAGGGAAACAGCUUGAACUUGAAGUCCAUCCCUCUAUUUUGAUUAGCACAGAUCUGAUUUAAAGGUAACCAGUCCGAGCAAGAAGCAUCAUAAAACAACAGUAACCUCCUUUUACCAUUUUUACCUUCACUUUAAUACACUCAUACAUACUUUCAAGUAAUGUAGACUCGAGAGGUAAAGAGAUGCUGUAAGAAAGGGUACCUGGUUGUUGCAUGUCAAUGAGCUGCGUUCUAUGUUAGUGAUGAAAUGCUUUUAUAGAGGCGAUUGAGUGAAAGAUUGCUGAUUGGCCGGAGUUUGUGUUUGUGGUUAAAUAUUUGACCCAGUUAUCAAGGAUAUGUCAAGAAUCUCCAAUAAAUCCAUGAAUGUG